CCCCGAAUGCCAGACGAAUCUCUGAAAACACCACGCGAAGUCAGUGAAGAAGACGAGAACACACCAGACGCAUGGUUAAAGCGAGAUGAGAGGUUGAUCAGACUGACCGGCAAACAUCCAUUCAAUUGUGAAGCUCCGCUUGAGACACUUUUCAACGCUGGGUUCCUCACACCAGCCUCGCUCUUUUAUGUGCGGAAUCAUGGCCCAGUUCCACGCGUCAGCAUUAAUGAAGGUCGCCAUUGGAAAAUUGAGAUCAGUGGGCUAGUGAAACGUCCCAUGAUUCUGUCUCUUACUGAGUUACAAAAUGGCCUCGGAGGAAGGCUGCCAGUCGUUACCGUUCCCAUCACUCUCGUAUGCGCAGGAAAUCGCCGUCGAGAACAGAAUGUUGUCCGCAGAUCUUUGGGCUUUAAUUGGGGUGCUGCAGGUCUAUCUACGGCUCUUUUCACCGGCGUGUAUCUGGCAGAUAUAUUGCGAUACGUUGGAAUAACGAAAGGUAAGAGAGGGGAGAUUGCAAGGCACGUGGUUUUUGAAGGAGGCGAUACACUGCCAAAUGGGCCGUAUGGGACCAGCCAGAGAUUAAUAUGGGCACGAGAACGAUCUAAAGGAAUGAUGAUUGCUUGGAGGAUGAAUGGGCUGCCGCUCGAACCAGAUCAUGGGUAUCCAGUAAGACUGGUCGUUCCGGGCCAGAUUGGUGGCAGGAGCGUCAAAUGGCUCAAGAAAAUUGAAGUGUCAGAGCAGGAAAGCCAGCAUCACUUGCAUUUCUGGGAUAAUAAACUGCUGCCGACGCAGGUCAUGCCAGAUGAGGCCAGGAAGGAGCGCCAUUGGUGGUACGAUCCAAAAUACAUCAUCAAUGAUUUGAACGUCAACUCCGCCAUCGCCCACCCGGUGCAUGAUGAAACUGUCGAUGUGACGCCCCCUGAAGAGACCUCAGACCCUAAAGGCACUUUCCCCGCUCCGGCAUAUGCUAUUCAAGGGUAUGCAUAUGCUGGAGGUGGUAGACGUGUCUGUCGCGUUGAGCUUUCCCUCGACGAAGGAGCUACUUGGAAGCUCGCCGAGAUAAUGUACCCCGAAGACCUAUACAGGGCCUGCUCGGUGGAGAAGAUGCCAAUCUGGGGAACUAUGGAUUCUAGCGAGAAAGAGACCAGCUUUUGUUGGUGCUUUUGGAAGUUCGAGGUGGAGCUACAACUAUUAUCGACGGAAGGAGUAGGCGCAAUCAUUGUGAGAGCAAUGGACGAGAGUUUAGCAUUGCAGCCAAGCGACAUGUAUUGGAACGCAACUGGGAUGAUGAAUAAUUGGUGGUUCAGAGUCGCCAUCCAUAGAUUUCAAGAGGAUAGGAGAUUAUUCUUAAAGUUCGAGCAUCCGACGAUAGCAGGCGUGAAGGAGGGUGGAUGGAUGCAACGCAUGAAAGAUGAAUUUGGACUUGCAUCUGUUCUCUCUCCAACAUUUGGUGCUAAGGUUAGUACGAGGCGCGCAGAGGCAGGGAAUUACACAGAAAAGUUGGAAGAAAUAAAGAUGACGAAGGAUGGCAUCAAGAAGCUGUUUACAUGGGAAGACCUGCAGAUGCACAAAGUAGAAAGCGAUCCGUGGUUCGUGGUCAAUGGCGAAGUGUAUGCUGGAGCUGCCUUUCUUGAAAGGCACCCAGGAGGGCCUGACUCUAUUACCCUAGUCGCUGGCGAAGACGCUUCUGAAGACUUUUUAGCUAUACACUCCCCCGAUGCGAAGAAGCAGCUUGCAGAUUUUCAUAUUGGCACGUUGGAACACACACAAAGUCCUGGAAAUACUCAACAGGAGCCUGACGCCGUCUUCUUGUCCAAAACAUAUUGGAAACGCGCAAAAAUCAUUUCGAUCUCGCAUGUUUCCCCUGACGCUCGUAUUUUCAAACUUGCGCUUCAGUCGCCUGAUCAGAUGCUCGGAUUGCCAACAGGACAGCACAUUUUCGCUCGAGUAAGACGAAAUAGCAAAGGAGCGAAGUCGAACUCAGGAGGUGAUCUUGUCCAGCGAGCGUAUACGCCGAUCAGUAGCCGAGAAGCAAGAGGAUUCGUUGAACUCCUGAUCAAAAUUUAUUUCCCUAGUCCACAUUUUCCUCUUGGCGGAUGCAUGACUGGUACUCUCUCCGAGCUCGAAAUCGGCGAUUCUAUUGAGCUGAAGGGUCCUCUUGGAUCCUUCGUAUGGAAAGGCAAUGGCAAGUUCUCAUGGCGCGGCCGUGAGCGCCAAUCUCGAACACUUGGUCUCAUCUGUGGCGGCUCCGGGAUCACGCCUAUUAUCCAGGUCAUAAGAGCAGUGUUGGAAGAUGAGACUGACUCAGAUACAAAAAUGUGGUUGAUUGAUGCAAAUCGCACCGAGAAGGAUAUAUUGCUAUACGAAGAACUCCAGCAUUGGGAAAAAAUGAGAGCCGAACGCUUCCAAGUCCAUCAUGUUCUUUCAGGAGUAUCGCCUGACUUCGAUAGCUCGAAAGGGUACGUUCGAGAGCAACACUUCCGAGAGAAUUUUCCGCCUCCCGGAGGAGACGCCGUGGUCUUUAUAUGUGGCCCACCUGGCCUGAUAGAGAGCGCUGCCAAGCCACAUCUCAUCAAAUGCGGGUGGGAUUUGGAGGAAACCCUGAUUAUUUUCUGAAUCUACCAGUUCUUAUGUUUUUAUAAUGGACAAGUGCCAGUAUCAAGCACCAAGCUACUUCAAAGCCUGUGAGGACGAUAGAUCAAAUGUCAACUUUGAGAAGGGACGAUGUCCUUUCGGAGGCUACCGGUGCCAUUUGGCUACUCCUUGUACUCUCUCCAGAUGAAUUGCGAUCUAUGCUUGGCCUUCAUUCUAAUUUUAUCAUAUACAUCGAUUUCUCGAAGGCCACGAGCUGGGGAUGUUUGCGUUCAUCAAAACUGGAGUAGCUAUUAUCUUAGUUAUUUCUUGCGAAUCGUUCUUCUUGGUC